AUGCUUACGGGCGGGCGCAUUGAGGUGGGGGCUGCGAACAUAAAGGUUGCUGCAGGCAGCAAGGAGCUGAAGAGCGCCAACGGGAGCGAAGCAACUGGACAGCCUCCUGCUGUCACUGCUGUAUCGUGUUCCACUGGAUGCCAAGUCCAUUCUUGUCCACAUGCACACUGGGUUCUGAAUCGGCCCUGGGGCCAGGGAGGCGGCCCGGGCGCCCGCCCGCCUUGCAGAGCCUCGGGCCCGCCCACGCGCGCUGCUGGAGCCGGAGUGCGCCCAGACGCCACAGCCCAUCGGACGCCCUGCCCGGGAUUGGGGGGCAGUGGAGCGGUCCUGGAGACGAAGGUGAGGAGAAAGGCGGGAUGUCCGCGUCUCUGCGGCACGCGGGCGGUGGAGCGCGGGCGUCCUCCAGGGCUGCGGCUCGGCGGCUCCGGAAGGAGGCAGACCUGCCUGCUCUGGAUGCCAAGUUCCCCCAGGCCCGGAGCUCCAUGGAGGAAGGCGCCAGGCCCAGUCCCUAGGACUCCCAGCUCUGUGAAGGGACUGUGGCCUGUCAGCUGCUUUCCAGAAGCCAUGGCUGCGGCCUGCCUGCAUCACGACCAGUGUGUGUGUGUGUGUCUCGUGGACAUUUUAGACCGAUUUUCUGUUUCUAGAAUUCCAAAUUUGGCUUAUUACACUGUGUGCCCCUUAUUUUGGCCCGCCCCUGUCCUGACCACACGAAGGUUAUGGGAAAACCUGCGAGAGUAUUUUUCUGAUCACACCAGAAAACCCCAAAUAAAUGGUGAAACGGAGUCCCUUCAUGUCGCUUGACCAGGAUUCCAAGGCCUUUUCCUGGUUUGCCAGAGAAAUGAGGACAUGCAAGUCUGAAAUGGGGGGUUCUCUCCCCGUGGCGCUUCUGGGGAGUGUACCCCAAUAAGAAGAGGCAUCUACAGGGAAAGGACACAAAUCUGGAUGGGGGCGCUGUAUUUCCCAUCACCUUCCGACCCACGCCCUGUCCCCGUCCCGUCCCGUCCCGGAUCCUGUCCCGUCCCGGAUCCUGUCCCGUCCCGGAUCCUG